CAUUUUGUAUAUACAGUCUGCACUGUUAGUUUCUAAUGAAGUAAAGUGAUUAAAUAGAUUAAAAUGACAAUCGACUUAUAUUAUUUUCCUCUAAGUGUGCCAUGCAGGUCUGUUAUGAUAUUAGCGAAAUAUCUUGGAAUUCAUUUAAAUCUUAAGCAAGUCAACCUGUUCAAAGGAGAGCAAAUGCAGGCUUCAUUUAAAAAGAUCAACCCUCAACAUACGCUCCCGACCAUUGAUGAUAACGGCUUUAUCUUGUGGGAAAGUCGACCAAUUAUGAUAUAUUUAGUGAUGAAAUAUGCGAAGAACGAUUCACUCUAUCCUAGAGAUCCAGAAAAACGUGCAAUAGUCGAACAUCGACUAUACUUUGAUAUCGGUACACUUUUCGAGAAUAUUAUAGAUUGUUAUCGACCAGUAUUAAUUGGUAUAUCCGAUACACCUUCUGAGAAAUAUACUGCACUAAUCGAAAAAGCCUUUGAACUUUUGGAUGGAUAUUUAAAAGAUAGUCGAUUUGUUGCUGGCAACGAGCUGACUAUAGCAGAUUUUGCUAUUGGAAGUAGUGUGUCUGCAGCAAAGGCAUUUACUUUUGAUAUUGGCAGAUACGAUAAUGUGGUAACUUGGUACGAAUAUUGCGAAAGGGUUAUGGAAAAAUGCGGCUUCAAGGAUACAUAUAAAACCAUUGGUGAUUUUUAUUCUGCACAAAACCAUAAGAAUUCUAAUACUUAAUGAGCAAUAAUCAAGUUCACCACGAAGAGUGUCUUUUAUGAUUAG